ACCAGUUCACGCGAGAGCUCAAACUCGCAGGUCUAAUAAUACACAAUCAAAAUGGCGCCCAGUUGGCCUGAAGAAGUUGACGUGUUUUCCGUUCCUCAUUCCAGAAUGAAAACACUUGUUCACAAAUAUAGUGAUAUGAUCACCACAACAGAUUUCCGAGAUGAAAGGAACUUGACCACACUGCUGGAGAACCUGCUCAAUGUCUUCUCUGAGUUCAAAGCUCAUGAACAGAUUGAAAACAUGCUAAUCAUGCGGAAGCUUCGAAGCAAACUAAAGGCUGCUUGUGUGACAAGCGCUGCAGUUUGUAAUUGUCACAGUGACAAUAGAUUGACAGACAUGCUUGAUCUUGUCGCAGAUGGGUACAAAUGGGCCCAUAAAACUUCACGUGAACGCCAGGCUUAUGGGAGAAAGCUGCGUCAUGCCUUGGAGGACUUUACACAGAAUUUUAUUCCUCACAUGGAAGAGGAGGAAGAGGUGUUUCAGCCCAUGUUGAUGCAGUAUUUCAGCUAUGAGGAACUGAAAGAACUUAAAGACAAAGUGAUCAGGGAACAUUAUAUCCCUGCCAGCCGAGGUCCCCCUCAACAUGAGAAGUGUGUUGCAGACUCAUGUGAAUCUGAUAGCUCUUGUGAUGAAGGAGAUAAAAAGAAGGAAGACUUUUUCCAUGAUCUCCCCAAUGAAAUCUGCCAAAAGAUUUUCUCGUAUCUGGGACCAAAAGACUUGGCUCGAAUAGGUCAGGUGUCACAGAGGUGGAAUAGCUUGGCUAAAGAUCCCCUAAUGUGGUCCAAACUUUACCCUGUUCACUGGGCACAAGGUAAUUGGAGCUUCUUCCCUCAGCCUGUGGGUGGGGUGGAUGGGGUAGGAUUUGGACAUGGGAGUCAGGAGCAGGAGGAAGCAGACUCCUAUGUUUGUAUGGAUGAAGAUGCGGAUGUUGAUGACUCUUCAGAUAGUGAUGAGCCAGAGCACGAGGAGUCAGAAAAUCUGAAACAGAUUCUGAAAGAAGCCAAAAUGAUAACGGCAAUUGUGAAACAUCUCCUGCCACAUGUAGGUCAAGGUGUGAAAGUAUGUGACCUGGCCUAUAGCCGGGGGCUAAGCAGCAGCUUGGUGCACAAGAUUCUAAAGCUGUGCCCUAACUUGGAGGUUCUAGACCUGACCCACACUAAAGUUGGGGAUGAUGCCUUUAAAGAAUGUGGGGUCAGCGGUCGCAUGUCCAAGCUGCGCCACUUGGACCUGACAGGGUGUGAGAACAUCACUGACCUGACGCUGUUCAGCUUGUCCUGUGCAGGGGAGGAGGGGAGAGCUGGGGAGGAGGGGGAGCAUGUGGAGAUAGAGAACCUGCCGGCCUUGUGUCCCUGUAAAGUUUCAACCUGCUGCCAGAGGCGUCCAGCUCCUGAGAUCACACCAACAAAGUCACUCGAAGCAAAUGUCAUUUGUUGCCCCAAUACAACAAAGUCACUCGAAGCAAAUGUCAUUUGUUGCCCGAGUACAACAAAGUUACUAGAAGCAAAUGUAAUUUGUUGCCCCAGUGGUGGCGGCCGUUGUGUAGAGAAGCCUACCACAGCAUCACCGCCUGCCGUCUCUAGAGUCAGCAGCGAAGAUUGUGAUCUCAGCUACGUCUACCUAGACAUGCUCAUUGAAUCUGACGGGAACCUUCUCACCCAGAACUCUUCUACUUCUGUCUCCAGUGACUUUUCAAUGUUUUGUUUAACUGAAGAGUUACAAAGCUUCAACUUUGACCCAGACAUCUGUACCGACCAUGCUGGGUUGGACCGACCCCCCACUCCAAGGACUUUAGGCUGUGGGGGGAGUGGUCUGAUUCUUAACACAUGUGAUACCAGGGGCCAAGACAUCAAUAUUGGAACAUUUCAUAGCUCCAAGCCUGGCAAUGGGGUGAAGGCAGGGGUAGAUGUUGGUCAAAGUCUUGAGAACAAAGUGGAGCCAGACGAACAAGUGUGCAAGCUGGAGUACCUCAGUUUAAAUGGUUGCUACAGGAUCUCUGAUGCUGGCCUGUGUGCCUUGGCUAGAGGAAGAGGUACCCCACACCUGUCUCACCUGGAUAUCUCUGGCUGUAUUUCUGUGAGUGGCUACGGCCUGUCCACCCUGGUCUCAACAUGCACUAGCCUGGACCACGCCAACCUUUAUUACUGUGACUUCAUGCCUGAUGACCCCUACCCCACGACGGCCAGUGGAUGUCGUAACCUGCAGUGUCACAUCCGGUUCUGCUGCAGUGGCUUUGACUAAUGGUAAAUAGUUAAGUUCAGACGUCUUUUUUUUAUCGAUUAUUUAACAAGUAUUUUUGCUUUCGACUAAUGGUAAAUAAUCAGGCUCAGAUGUCAUUUUGUUUUUAAACAAUUUUUCUUUAUUGUAUGCAUUUAAAUUCAGUUUCACAUAAAAGAUUUAUAAAA